GGUUUUCGAGCCCAAGCGGUUGGCGAGCUCUUGCCGAGCUUUCCCCAGCUACCCACCGAGCUUCCCCGAGCGAUAUGGUGCUCACCAACAGUUCGGCGUCCGCGGCCCAGAACGGCGAUGUGGUCGAGCUGCCCAAAACAGCUUGCCGAACAGGGCGAGCAGACCAACCAGCUCCUCGGCUACCUGGCCGAGAAAACGAGCUGCGCCGAGAUGCGUCGAUGCCAGUUAGCAGGCAAAGGCAUCCGAGGUCAGUCCGCCGUGUGGCCGAGGAACACCAAGUCGGCCAUGCUCGAGACCAUAUACUACAAGGGCAGCAGCCUGGCGAGCAUCAGCCGGACCGAUUUUUUCGAGGCGGCCCGAAUCAGAGACUUCGAGAUGGCGCCCGACGUUUUGCAGGAAAGGGAUCAGGGCAGCUACUCCGGCGUCACCAGGAGCGCCCUCGGCGAGAUCCCCCAAGGGCUCCAAGCUCUCUGCUCGAUGAUGCUUUCCCUGGACAGUCGCUUCGAGCCCGUGGCGACGAGCGUCGGCGCCGAGUGCGCCGAGACUUUCGAGGCGGUCAACGGCUUGCCUGAAGAAGCCAACGAGUGCUUCAAGUGGGGCAAGGGCAACGACGCCUCGACGAGCGAGAACGACCGCGAGAGCAAUGCGACCGCCGAAGCCACGUGAUGUUGGCACGUCUCCGAGGCCAGGCUCCUCCAUCCUAUAGACUCAUGCUUCCGAUGCUGCUGAACCUAUUCGUGCAUUUCGAGAUCAAAGCCGCCAACCGAAAGCGCAAAUCUAGUCUUGGGGCGAUUGCGUGCCUCAACAAUUUACCCCGUUGGAAAUGCUCCGACAGUCUUGUGGUCAACGGGAAGUUAAAAAGUAUCCACGCCGCGUUGGUUUCUUCAAGUGUUUUGAUAGUAGUGCUGCAGCUGUGGACCUGAAACUGGGCGUCGGCGGUAAACCGUCAACGCGGUUGUCGCCGGGGCCCUCGUGGAGCUCUGGGGUCGACAAGUCAUCCUAGGAGUUUUAUAGCUCGCUUCGAGUGGCCG